AUGUCUAGAAGACCAGCACCGUCCGGCAGCAAUGCCUUACCCCCUCAAAACCGCCAGAAUGAGUACUUCGUACCAAGAGAUGGUAUCGACCGUGAAGUUAUCACGGCCGACAUUUGUCGCUACCUUGGAAACGACGCUCUCGUUCGGCCCGGCACAUACGAGAAUCCUCAGAGCGGUCAGAUCAUUCAGGGCUACUACAUAAACGCCUACCGCAACUUAACCACAGCUAUGAUCGAAGACCUGAAGGCAGAUUCCGCGCGAUGGGAUCAAGAAAGGCGGCAGCAAUCGGCGAGCCGUAAUAACGCCGCCGGAGGUACUAUUGCCUCGAGAGAUUCGAACGGCUCUUAUGUCAGACUCUCUAACUCCCCUAUAGUCCAGUACCGCAAUUCGGACACGCAUCAGUCCCGCCAAUACUACGGACCGACUGAAGCCGGAUUUGCAGCGGGAACCCCGAACCGCGACCCGUAUGGUGAUGCCACGCCUAGAUACCCAGGAACCGGUUCCGCAGGUUACACGGGAGCCGCUGGCUCCUACACGGCCCAGCAAUAUCCUCAGGGUGGGUAUAGCACCCAGCAAGGAUAUACUACCCAGGGAUCGCAAUUCCAGCCCCCGUCUGCAAGUGUGACUUAUCCUCCGAUGCCCUCGCAAGGAGGAUUUGGCCAGGCCGGCCAGGAACCUCCUUUCCAGCUGGUUGGAGCAGACUCGCGAGUAGCGCCAAACCCGUAUAAUGAUCCGUAUGCCGGCUCAAGGGUAGAUCCCAGGGAUCAGAGGACUCCUAUUACCACGAUACCACCUAGUAGGACUACUUACGCAACCUCAGGACCGCCCGUGCCGCAAGGUUACCCGGCUCCAACGUCUGGCGGCGGUUAUUACCCUUCGAACCCUUCGCCCUCAAACCCGCCCUACCCAACUGCGCAGCCUCAAGACCCUUUUCUCGGACGCGGUGCGUACACUAGUGGUUUCUGA